UCCUUCAUUUGGACUCGCUCCAUUUGGACUUGUUCAAUCCAUCAUGGCCUGAGCCAUGUGGUCCUGGCCCUGGGGGAGCUCGACAGAUGAAGCACGAGAGGGCGGCUUCAAGCUCGGGGAGGUGGUUGAGUACUACAGCGCCAGCCAGGGCGCUUGGAUCCCCGCGAAGGUGGUGGCCGUCAAGCCCAACAGCUACGACUUAGACUGUAAACCCGACGUGCCGCCAGCACGGAUCCGCUCCUGUGCCAGUGCACGUGACAGCCGGGUGUCUUCUUCUGGGCUUCUAGAGUUUGAACCUGGCGAUGUGGUGGAGUAUUUCAGCAUCUCACAAAAUGACUGGAUCCUCGCCAAGGUGCUCAGUAUUAAUGCCUCGGGGACCUACAACCUGGACUGCAAGCCAGAGGUCCCUCCAGAGCGCGUGCGCGCCCAACGUGGGAGCGACCUGGUCAUCAGCCCCGUGUCGGUGUCCAAGCCUCGCAGCUUGCGGCAGGCUGGAACGAUCUUUGACCUUUGCCAGGUCCAGGAUUUGGACGAGCCCAUCCAGUUGCUGAGGCUUCAGAAGGCCUCUCAGAGGCCGAGAAGCGACGGACGUUGAGAAGUGGAGACGCAGGAACCUGCUUGCAGAGUGAUCAGUCGGAAGUCGGAUCACAACAAGUCGGUCAAGUGGAUCACAACAAGUCGGUCGAGCAACCGACGUACGGGGCUGUUGCUUUUUUGUUCAGUUGAAACUGGCCUUGAACCUUAUAAACACUUCCCCUACCAAACAGUUGAGGGAUGGUUCAUGGUAAGGUAAUAGUAAGAGAACCCAAAGGGUUUAGUCCAGGGAUUCCUU